GCCACAUAUACGUUGCUCUCUUUAUCUUCAUCCUGUUCCUCUUGAGUAGGAAAGCUCUUUGAGUCGAACCUCGUUUUUGCAGUCUAAAGAACUUUAUUUGUUUACUACGAAAAGUAAUCAUCAAAGGAAGGAACUGAAUGUAGCAAGCUCUGUGAUUCUGGUCUCUGCAUGUUUCACAAGACGGGGAUGUAGCUCAGAUGGUAGAGCGCUCGCUUAGCAUGCGAGAGGUACGGGGAUCGAUACCCCGCAUCUCCAUUUUGAUUUUGGGAUUUAAAAUUACUCAUCGAUCACGAUUGCUAGGGUUUGUUCUUCAACCUCUCUUCCUUCCUUUUAUGCCUUAACCUAAUUCAUAGUCUAUCUUCUGAUAACUGGGAAAUGAUUAUUGCUUUUUUUAGUUGCCUUGUACUACUGAUGAGCUACAUUUUUGUGCAAUCGCGGCCGCGUAAAAGCUUUUUAUAUUUCGGUCGUACAGGUGUUUUGACACUGAAUGCGGUUGUCGCUUUGUGAAUUAAGCACAAUUUGUUUUCUUUUAACAUAAAAACGGUGAAUAACAGUAUUGGUAUCGGCACCUGCUGAUCAUGGACGUUUUUGCGAUUGCAGACCGUUCCUCUGGGUAAUGAUAGAAUUUCUCUGGGUCUGGACAAUAAUCCUGCAAAAUUAUACAUUUGAUUAGUUCAGUUCAAACACAACAGAAUAUGAAAAUAUCAACAUCUUUUACUUUACAAUACCUGAUCAGCAUGCAUCUUUUUCACAAAGAUUUUGAGUAUAUCAAAAUUUUGCUUCUGGAAUAAUUCUUCUGUCAAACAUUGAUAUGUGACUCUUUUUGUUAACACCAUUUGGUCUAGCAUUUAGAAGGAUUUGGUUAUAAUCUUCAGUGUCAUACCUUGGAAGUGCUUUUUCCUCAGCUACUUCAUUCAGCCCUUUCUGCUCCUGAUUCUACUACAUUCAAUAGUAACACUGCUUCUGCCACUCCAAGUUCUGGCAAGGGCUUUUGAUACAAGAAAUGAUAGAGAAAGAACAAGAGGGCGUGGUGGUGGCGGUGCGAGUGGCUCGGGAAAGGAUAAAAUUGACGCUCAUAGUAGGUUCCUGACCCGGAUUUUACGUCAUAUGGCAUCUGAAUUGAAAUUGAAUAUGAGGAGUGAUUGUUAUUUGAAUGUUAAUGAUUUGCUAAAGCUGAAUUUGAAGACACUUGCUAAUGUUCCUCUACGAUCCCACACUAUUGAUGACAUUAGGGAGAGAAAGAAAUUGAGCACAAGUCUUUAAAUACACAAAUUCAAACGAUGGCGGGUGGAGUUUUAGUUGCUUCAAAAAAUGGAAAGCAAUAUGAGGGAAAGGUUACAAUGUUUGUUUUGGUCACAUGUUUGGUGGCGGCCAUGGGAGGUCUACUUUUUGGUUAUGAUCUUGGUAUUACAGGAGGAGUGACUUCCAUGGAACCAUUCUUGGUUAAGUUCUUCCCCGGUGUUUACAAACAAAUGAAAGAUGAAUCUGGACACGAGAGCAUGUAUUGCAAAUUUGAUAACGAGCUCCUUACUUUGUUCACAUCUUCCUUAUAUCUUGCAGCUUUAAUAGCUUCUUUCUUUGCUUCCACAACUACAAGGAUGUUAGGACGCAAGGCCUCAAUGUUUACGGGUGGCUUGUUUUUUCUUAUUGGUGCAUUGCUCAAUGGUUUUGCUGUCAAUAUAGAAAUGCUUAUCAUUGGUCGUAUAUUACUUGGUUUUGGUGUAGGAUAUUGUAAUCAGUCAGUUCCAGUGUAUUUGUCUGAAAUGGCUCCAGCAAAGAUUAGAGGUGCACUCAACAUGGGCUUCCAAAUGAUGAUCACUAUUGGAAUCCUAGGGGCAAACAUUAUUAACUACUUUACUUCUAAUCUUGAGAGUGGAUGGAGAAUUUCUUUGGGUGUCGGAGCUGUCCCUGCAAUUUUGUUGUGUAUAGGAUCUUUUUUCUUAGGCGACACACCAAACUCUAUGAUUGAAAGGGGUAAAAAAGAAGGAGCUAAGAAAAUGUUGCAAAAGAUUCGUGGCAUUGAUAAUGUCGAUGAGGAGUUUCAAGAUCUAAUUGAUGCUAGCGAGGAAGCCAAAAAGGUGGAACAUCCAUGGAAGAAUAUUACUCAAUUGAGAUACAGACCUCAACUAACAUUUUGCUCUCUCAUUCCGUUCUUUCAACAACUCACUGGCAUCAAUGUUAUCAUGUUUUAUGCCCCUGUCCUUUUCAAAACAUUGGGCUUUGGAAGCGAGGCUUCCCUCAUAUCCGCAGUAAUUAGCGGAGGUGUCAAUGUUCUUGCUACUUUUGUUUCCAUCUUCAUUGUGGACAAGUUUGGAAGAAAGAUUUUGUUUCUUCAAGGUGGUGUCCAAAUGUUUAUUUGUCAGAUUGUUGUUGGAAGCAUGAUUGCUAUUAAGUUUGGAGUUAGCGGUGAAGGCUCAAUUAAUGGUUAUGAAGCCGAUCGUCUUUUGUUCUUCAUAUGCGCGUAUGUUGCCGCAUUUGCAUGGUCUUGGGGUCCAUUGGGAUGGUUAGUUCCUAGUGAAAUAUGCUCUCUCGAGGUUCGCUCUGCAGGUCAGGCAACCAAUGUUGCUGUGAACAUGUUGUUCACCUUUGUCAUUGCUCAAGUUUUUCUAGCUAUGCUUUGUCACUUGAAGUUUGGACUUUUCUUCUUCUUUGCUGGCUUUGUGCUUAUAAUGACAGUUUUCAUCUUCCUGUUUUUUCCCGAGACAAAUAAUGUCCCAAUUGAAGAAAUGAAUAAAGUGUGGAAGUCUCAUUGGUUUUGGACAAAGUUUGUUUCAGAUGUUGAUGUUGAUGUUGAUCAUGACCAUAAGCUCGUUGCUUGAUUUCAAUAUUAGAAAAAUCGGGGCCUAGACAAUAUAUAUAAUAAUUUCAGCUAAUUCUAUC